GGCAUGCUGUCUCAAAACGGCAAUAAAAUGAAAUAAAACUGAGGUGCAAAAAAAUUUUAUUUAACUAUACAGCAUUUAGGUAGUGCAAAAAAUCCAAAUUAAUAAAUUAGUUAAAUAUUUAAUGACAUGCUGGCACUAUGUUUAAUAUUAUUUUUAUAGACUAAAGUAUAAAGCAAGUUUUAUAUUGAUGUUGACUUUUUACUGUGAGAAAUACAUUUCUGAUACAAUUGUUCUAGUGGUUCGUUGAACAAGGUGUUUAUUUGCGACAUCACAUGUACAAAGCGGUUAAAGCUAAAGUGAAAAACAUCGAAAAAUUGCAAUAUACUCCGAUUAAUUGCCGAACCUAACCUCAAACUUGAUCUUUUAAGACUGAAAGGAAAUGUCAUUUAUGUCAGUAUAAACUAGCUAUAUUACGGAUUCUUUAAAUCUUCUUAAUCUUUUAUAUAACUUACGUUGUUGCUGCGUGUUAAAAGAGGGAUGCCACGCAGCAAGCGUAGAGCGCCCUCUAGCACAAAUCAUCAUACGACUAUUGAAAUGUCACCUAGUGCCCAUGAGGAGGGUAUAUCAAGGCACCCAUCAAAAAGACUUAGACAUACAUCUAGUGCAAGACGUUAUACAAAAACAGAAGAUGUUUCUACCACUUCAUCUUUUUCCCAAAAACGUUGUAUCACAUGGUUUAGGGAGUACACAACACCUGAUGAUUCAGAUACUCUUGGACCUGAAGGAAUGGAAAAAUUUUGUGAGGAUAUAGGUGUAGAACCUGAAAAUGUAGUAAUGCUUGUUCUUGCAUAUAAAAUGAAUGCCCGACAAAUGGGUUUCUUCACACUCAGUGAAUGGUUAAAAGGCCUUUCAGAUUUGCAGUGUGAUUCUAUUAGUAAAAUACAACAAAAACUUGAGUACCUAAGGAAUCAAUUAAAUGAUCCACAUACAUUUAAGGGAAUUUACAGAUAUGCUUAUGAUUUUGCUAGAGACAAAGAUCAAAGAAGUAUGGAUAUGGAAACAGCAAGAGUUAUGUUACAAUUACUUUUGGGAAAACAUUGGCCAUUAUUCACCCAAUUUGCUCAGUUCCUAGAUCAAUCGAAGUACAAAGUGAUUAAUAAAGAUCAGUGGUGCAACAUUUUAGAAUUUUCUCGUACAAUCAAUCACGAUUUAUCUAAUUAUGAUUUAGAUGGAGCAUGGCCAGUAAUGCUUGAUGAAUUUGUUGAAUGGUUAAAAAUACAGCGAGGUGAAGAAGCAUCUUCAACAGAAACUAGAGGCAGCUGAAACAUUCAAUAAUAAUAGUCUACUAAAAUAAAAAAACACUCAUUUGUCUUGUCACAUUUUGUUAAUAAGAAAAUUUCUGUUUCUAUCAUAACCUCGCAACAUUUCAGUUAUCAUCAUUCGUACUAUGUUUUUAUUAAUCAAUAAGAAUGUAAGUAGCCUAUCUUAAUAUGAUUCUGUGUUCUAAACGGACUCUGGUUAGAAAUUUGCUAGAUCAUUUUUAAUUACUUAUCACCAUUCAUUGUUGAUCCAGAGUUUGUCGCAGAAACUCUUGUGAUCUAGAAAAAUAAAUCUAUUUUGAUAUAAGAUUUACUUGUGCAAUUUAUAAAAUAUAAUUUCAAUUAUAAAAUGAAAAAAUUAGAAGAAAUAACAUUAUCUUAUUAAUAAAAUUUUGUAUAAAGAAGUAUCAUUUUUCUAGUAUAAUUUCGAGUUGCAUUUUCAUAAAUUAAUAAUUGUAAUAAGUUAAUAUAUUUUAGGUAUUAAUAAACAUAAUGGUUUAUGUUUUAAUUUAUUAUAAAUCAGACUUUAUAAAAUUAUGUGUAAAUUUAUUCAUAGACAUAUUAAAAAUUCCUUAAGAUAUUUAAAUAUAUUUCAUAAAAAUGUUUACAAAAUUUAAACAUAUAUAUAACUGUUACCACAAAAUAUUUAAUAAUCACAAAUACUUAAGUAGGAUCAUAAAUCAAAUAACAAUGUAUAGUAUGUAAGUGCUAUUACAAUGUUUAAUAAUAUCUAAAAUACAAUAGAACACAUUGGUACAUAUUAGCUAACAUAAAAUAAUUCUUACACAUACCAUAAAUAUGUAUUGAUGUACAUUAGAAUAUGAAACUUCUUAUUAAAACAAUGUAAUAUUUAUGAAAUAUUUUAAAAUUAAAUUUGUUUUGAAACAUUAGAUAGUAAUAUUUUCUUUAUCAAGUAAACAAAUUUUAAACAAAAAUUUCAAAAAUUUUGUUUAUAUAUACAUAUUUCUUUUAUUUAACUAAUUUUGACACAUUAAAAGUAAAGAUUUUUUUGAUAAUAUACUUUUCAACAGUUCAUAUCAUAAAAAUUUUUGCGACAACUUAAAUGGAUUAAUGUAUGGUGAUUAUUCAAAUAAUUUGUAUUAUAUAUUAGUUCAAUCAAUUGCUAAUUUUUAUCAAUUAGGAGAAUAUUUGAAUAUACAUCGCAAUUUUAAAUUUUAUUUAAUAAAAAUAUUUUGUCCUCUAAUAAUAACAUAGAUAAUGCAAUAAUAUUAUAAAUUAGUUCAAUUAUUACAUAAAAAUUGCUUAAUUAUGUGUAUGUGUAUAUUUUUUUCUGCAUGUCCAUUUCUAUUACAAAUAAUGUUAUCAUUAGCGAAUAUAAUAUAAAAUUAAAUUUCAAAUUUUUCGCUCAUAACUUCCAAAUUAAUAGUAAUCUUAAUUCACAAAUGAAAAGUAUCUAAUGGAAAAUUAUAAACCAUACAUCAUAACAAAGAAAUUAGAAACAAAAACUUAAAAAUCACUGUAUGUCGCUACAAUACAAUUGCGAUGUGGAGAAUGUAAUGUAAUGAAAAACGUAAAAUAAAUAAAAUACUUUUUUCAAUAA